UCCACGUAUCUGAACAGGAAGCAAMAAAUAUGUCCAAACAACUGCACUGUACAAGGGAGACUUAUUUCAGGUGAUAUCUUAAUUUUUUAUUGGCAGUCAUUGACACACACUCUAUCUGUACUAUAUUCUUCGGACGUCAUCUUUCCCGCGAAGACAAUUCCUGGAGAAGACGUUCAAGCGGGGGGUCACGAUGGCACAGAAGGUCCUGGUGACUGGGGGAGGAGGCUACAUCGGCAGCCACUGUGUGGUGGAACUGAUUGAGGCAGGAUUCUGCCCUGUGGUCAUAGAUAACUUCAGCAAUGCCGUCCAAGGAGGAGUAAGGGAUGUCCCUGAGAGCCUGCAGAGGAUAGAGAAAAUCCUGGACACCAGCAUUGAGUUCUAUGAGCUGGACCUGCUGGACCGCACAGGCCUGGAGAAGCUCUUCAAACAGCAUUCAUUCAGUGCUGUAAUGCACUUUGCUGGUCUAAAAGCAGUGGGUGAGUCAGUUGAGCAGCCAUUGAGGUACUAUCGGGUCAACCUSACUGCAACCAUGAACUUGCUUGAGGUGAUGCAGACUCAUGGCGUGCGCAAUCUGGUCUUCAGCAGCUCAGCCACGGUGUAUGGAGACCCCCAGCGGCUUCCCAUAGACGAACAGCACCCUGUUGGGGGGUGCACCAACCCCUACGGCAAAACCAAGUACUUCAUAGAGGAGAUGAUUAUUGACCAGUGUAAGGCAGAGAAGGACUGGAAUGCAGUGCUGCUGCGCUAUUUUAACCCGAUCGGGGCUCACUCCUCUGGGCUCAUCGGAGAAGACCCUCAGGGCAUCCCCAACAACCUGCUGCCCUAUGUCGCCCAGGUGGCCAUUGGGAGAAGAAAACACCUCAAUGUGUUUGGGAAUGARUACGACACUAUUGAUGGAACAGGAGUGCGAGAUUAUAUCCAUGUUGUGGAUUUGGCCAAAGGACACAUAGCUGCCCUCAAGAAACUGAAGGACAAUUGUGGAUGCAAGGUGUAUAAUUUAGGAACAGGAACCGGUUACUCUGUGCUCCAGAUGGUGAAGGCUAUGGAGAAGGCCUCAGGGAAGGAAAUCAUGUACCUGAUCGCCCCUCGGCGAGGAGGAGAUGUAGCAUCCUGCUAUGCUGACCCCCUUCUGGCUGAGAAAGAGCUGGGCUGGAAAGCUGACUUCGACCUGGAGAGAAUGUGUGAGGACCUGUGGCGCUGGCAGUCCAAAAACCCUACCGGAUUCACUAAUAACAGCCCGUCUUCAAUAUGAUGUCACUCAACYCUCAUCUUCUUCACUUCCUCCUAUGUUGCUGGGCCAAAGCAAAUCAUAAAGUUCUUCAUUUUUCUUUUGCAUUCACACAUGAAGAGACCUCAAGACAAAAUGAAUGAUUUAUAUUUCAUAAUGAUUUAAUAUUAUGUUGUUGAUUCCAUACAGGUACUUCUCUAAUGCUUAGGUGAAAAAUACCAUGUCUUGUCAUUUGUAUGUAUUGUCAUAGACAUUUUCUCUAAUGAUAUAGUAGCUGAGUCAAUAGCCAUAAAAAUGGGGAAAUACGUUUUCUAAACAAAGYAAAUAUAUUGUGUAAUUAUGUUUU